AUGGUUCAAAAAGUUUUAUUCGUGUGUUUAGGUAACAUUUGCCGGUCACCAAUAGCAGAGGCAGUUUUCCAGCAUUUAGUAAACGAGAAGGGUUUAUCAAACAACUGGGUAGUUGAUAGUGCAGCAAUAGGUUCUUGGCAUGUAGGUAAAAGUCCGGAUUCCAGGGCAAGACAAAUUUUAAAAAACCACAAUGUUGCAUACAAUGGAAAGGCUAGACAGAUAAAAACACAAGACUUUAAUGAGUUCGAUUACAUCUUCGGAAUGGACGAGGAAAAUAUAUCAGAUUUAAACAGUGAAGCACCUGAGAAUCCUAAAGCUAAAAUCAUGUUGCUGGGAGACUUUGAUCCGCAAGGAGAGAGAAUUAUCAGGGAUCCUUAUUACGACAACGGAUCAGAGGGAUUCGAGAAAUGUUAUCAACAAUGCAUGAGGUCAUCGGAAGCAUUUUUAAAUCAAAUCAAUUGA